CUAUUAAUCAUUCCAAGCUAUAAUUAUCCAAGCUAUCCAUUCCAAUUUUACAUUCAAUAUAAAUAUACUCCAUCAGCUUAACUAUUGAUCUCAUUUCCAAGCUAUAGACGGCUCCCGGGGGCACGACUACUACCGAACUCUAUCCCCAUUUGGCCCGUGCACCAUCCACUAGCAUCGCGCCUACGACCUACCAUCUCCCCCACCCCAAACCACAAGCUCAGGAACCAUUACCUCACCUCACCUCUCCUUAUCUUCCCCUACAAAAAACCAGACAAACCCUUAUAUAUAAAUCCACAAAGUCCACACACCAAUCCAAACACCUCACCGCGCGCCCCCAACAGCAGGGUACAAAACCCCACGAUGGACGCCUACGACCAUAUCCAGGAAUCGGCGCUGGCGCCCGAGGGGGCCUCGGCGGGGGACAACAAUAACGGUGGGAAUGGGGAGGGGAAACAGAUGGCGCAGAAUACGUUGAAUGCGGAUUUUCAGGAUGCGUAUAAGGCGAUUAGCUCGAGUCCUUGGGGGGCGAGGUUGGGGGGGUUCUUGGGGAGUGUGGUUAAGCAGGGUGAGCAUGUCUACAAAGAAGCUUCCCAAGAACUCAGCGCUGUUGGCCAAGAAGCUACCAAGGGCCUCGCAGACCUCCGAUCCUCUCUCGUUGGGCAAACCAAGAAAUCCGAAGCCAGCAUCGACGACACCACCGCCAAAGACGGCGAGACCCCCGCCGCUGACAUGCCCAGCGAAGGCGUCCUCGCCCGCCUACGCACCGAAGCCGCAAAACGACUCAAGGACAUCGAGCGCGCCGAAGAUGCCGCUGACGAAGCCCUCCUCCGUUUUGGUACCGGCCUCCGCGAUUUCCUUCGCGAGGCUGUGAGUAUCGCACCCGCUGGCACGGAGGAGGGUGGACAGGAGGGGGGAUUCGAGAGUAAAGACGCAGCGGGGAAGCGGGUGAUUCACUCAACCCGUUUCGAGGCGCAGAUGCACGCUAUCCACUGUAAUGCGGAGAGCUUCACUAAGGACUCCGAGGGGGAGGAGUGGUCGGAGUGGAGGAAGGAGUUUGAUGCCGAGGGGCGAACGGGGGAGAUUAGUGCGGAUCUGGAGAGGUUUGGGGAGUUGAGGGGGAUGAUGGAGAGUUUGGUGCCGAGGGAGAUCAAGUAUAAGGAUUUUUGGGCGAGGUAUUACUUUUUGAGGCAUAGUAUUGAGACGGCGGAGAAGAGGAGGAAGGAGUUGCUCAAGGGCGCCGCAGCAGACGCAGAGGAAGAAGUAGGCUGGGACGAAGACUCCGACGACGAAGCCGCCACCGCCUCUGCAUCCGCCUCCGCAGCCACAAAGAAUAAACCCACAUCCUCCGUCGCCUCCUCGCAGACCAUCAACCCCCCCGCCACCGCAUCGCGCGACGACUCCCGCCUCGACCCCGCAGACGCAAAGCGCCAGACUAGCGCUGACGGACGUAGCGUCGCGGACAGCGAGGCGAGCUAUGAUGUCGUUGGCGCGCGCAGCGGAGUACCGAGCGCGGCGCCGGGGAGUCCGAGGCAGGAAGGGAAGAAGGGGGAGGAGAGCGAUGAGGAUUGGGAGUAGAGGAUGCGAGGUGGGGCUGGGUUGGGUGGGGCUGGGUUGGCGUUUGGAGGUGGGGUAGGGUAUUUGGUUGUGUAGCUCGGGCGUUGGGGUGGGUAGUUGUUUGAAUGGAUGAAGUGGUAUCCCCUUCUCUGUCUCUCUCUCUCUCUCUCUCUCCGUAUUCCCAGUUCCGAGAUGCUGUGCAUCGUGUGUGUGUGAUUCGUAACCCCGCCCUUUACCUCUUCUUCCUACUAACCACCGUCUCAAACCCAUCCUCAUCAAUCUGCGGCGCCGCCCUCUCCCUCGGCGCCACCGGCUCUCCCAUCUCCACAUCAUCAUCCUCCUCCUCACCCUCACUCUCACUCUCC